AUGGCGUGUCCGGUGCGUUCUGCCCUGGAAGCAGGUGCCCUCAGUCAUCUGCCUGGCAAUGAACAGCUCUCGCAGCUCUUCUCAAUAGAAGCACAAAUUCCUUCUGAGAGCCUUCUCUCCCCUGUGUUCUGCCCUGUUCCAGGUCCUGUCUUUGGCAGCAAGGACAACUUUCAUGGACUGGCGAUCUUCCUUGAUACAUAUCCCAACGAUGAGGCAACAGAGCGCGUGUUCCCCUACAUCUCUGCGAUGGUGAACAACGGCUCCCUGACGUACGACCACAGUAAGGACGGGCGCUGGACGGAACUGGCAGGGUGCACUGCUGACCUUCGGAACCAGAACCACGACACUUUCCUGGCAAUUCGGUAUUCCCGAGGCCGCCUGACGGUGAUGACUGAUGUGGAAGACAAGAACGAAUGGAAGAACUGCAUUGACAUCGCAGGGGUGCAGCUGCCAACUGGCUACUUCUUUGGUGCUUCUGCUGGCACUGGAGAUUUGUCUGAUAAUCAUGAUAUUAUCUCGAUGAAGCUAUUCCAGCUCAUGGUGGAGCACCCGCUAGAAGAUGAGACUGUUGACUGGACCAAGAUUGAGCCGAGCGUCAGCCUCCUUAAAUCACCCAAAGACAAUGUGGAUGACCCGACAGGGAAUUUCCGAAGCGGGCCUCUGACGGGCUGGAAGGUGUUUCUGCUCCUGCUCUGCGCGCUGCUGGGCAUCAUCAUCUGCGCUGUGGUGGGAGCUGUGGUCUUCCAGAAACGCCAGGAGCGGAACAAGCGUUUCUACUAGAGAAGACCUGGGAUGUGGCCUGUGCCCAAACCCAUCUUUUUUACAGGGAACUGUAAAAACUGUGGUUUCUAAAAGCUGUUUCUGAGAAAUAUCAGAAGUAUUUUCUUAUCUGUCUGUUUGGCUGUAACCCCUGCCUGGCCCUCGGUGUCUGGCGGAUUGGACCGAGGGGGGCGAUGCCCUCUGGGCCCCUCGAGGGCUGUGAUGCGGGAGCCUGGAGGUUGCUCCCCCUGUUUUUCUGACCCUCGCCCCGCCAGACGGGACCUGCUGUACUGCGGGGGGGCGAGCAGCGGCGGGUGUGAAUGUAAGGGGGCUGUGGGGAGGGGGCUGCGAGCAGGGCAUUAAAGGA